UUGGUAAAGAUGGCGCUGAAUUUGUUUUGGUCGAUCUUCAUUCUGGGUUUACUUUUAUGCUUUUCAGUAGAUUCAGAACCUCUUAUUAAAGAUUGCACGAAUGAUAAAAGCUGUGUUGAACUAAGCCGAGACCACCCCACUGAACAUGUUGAUCCAGACCUUUAUGAUAAUUCCUGUUGGAAAGUUUUCUGUUUCAGAGGUCUCUCCAAAUCAAUUAUUUUUCUGUGGGUAAAUCCUGUGUUAAAAGUGAAAUUCAAUAAUACCCUACCUAGAAAGUUGAUGACAGUACGGGGUGGAACUGUGAUGGAGGUUGAAGAUAAGAAAGACUCCUACAACCUGAUGUACACUGUCCUCCACUGGCUCAGACUGGCCGCCCAGAGAGACAUGCAGGAAAUUCCCUUUGCUGCCUUCAAUCAGAGCUGUAUAGGUGUACACUCUGACAUUGGAUUUAAAGCAGAACUUUUCAUCAAAAAUUUAGAACCAUGGUAUUUAGCCUAUCUAGGAUUUGGAAUUGUUCUUUUUCUUUCUGCCGAAAGUUGGAGUCAUAAUGUGAAGCUCCAUUAUGGAUGUGGUAUGGGGCUGGGAGUGAUGGCCUCAAUACUGGUGUUAUUAUUUAUGAUGAAUAGAAUGUUUCCUGAGAGCCUCAAGAAGUUAGGAUAUCUGUUAAUGGCUAUAGGAUGUUCCACCUCCUUGUAUUUGUGGACCUACAUUACAAACAAUAUAUUUGAUUCCUCUGCACACAUCUUCGUAAAAUACUGGCAGUGGAUUCUUGGAUAUGUCGCUGUCUCUGCAGUCAUCAGUUUUGCUGCCUGUUAUCGUUACGGUCCAGUUACUGAACCCAGAACCCUAAAUCUCAUCAAGUGGUUUCUUCAGUUCAUAGCUCUAGUAUUUAUCUUCUUUGGAACCCAGAUCACUGAAGCAUCAGUGGCCAUCAUUGUGGUGUUGAUAACAUUAUACAAUCUUCCUCCUGGAUUAUUUAACAAUAGAUUUACUAGAUAUAUUAGGUAUAAGAUCUUCAAGCCGAAGAUCCGGUUGCUGACAGAGGAGGAGUAUCAGCAGCAGGGACUUGAGGAGACAAAGAAAGCCCUGGAGGAGCUGAGGAGCUUCUGUCAGAGCCCAGAGUGUAAGCCCUGGAAGACCAUCAGUCGGCUUAAGAGCCCUAAUAGGUUUGCUGACUUUGUGGAGGGAAAUUCCUGGCAUGUGACAGAUGAUGAACUGUUGGAGUAUGACAGUGGAUCAGAUGUGUUACCGCGGGGCGAUGAUGAUGACAGUGAUCAGGAAAUACCAGUGCAAAGAGCCAGUGAUCAGGAGAUACCAGUGCAAAGAGCCAAUAAUCCUCCCGACUCCACAGAAGGAGGUGAAAUCAUUGACUCAACCGACGAGGAAGAUCCGGCACCAGAGGAAACUUCAGAUCAAAGCAUUGAUGGGCCCCCAUUGUCAUGAUAGAGUAUUAUCCAGCCGGGUGUGUGGUUGUGAACUCCUUGUGCCAGAUAUAUAUAUCCAUGAACAUACUGUUGAAUUUUGUUUGAAAAUUGAAAUUGUUGACUCCUGACAAAAAAGUAUUUUCAUGGUUUUCUUUUUUAUUACGGUGUGUUUAAAUGUGAAUUGAUUUGAAUGGGAAGUUUAAUUUUUUGCGUGGAAAUUGGAAAGGUGUCUGAAUGUUAAUGUAAAGAUGAAAUUAAGGUGGAGAAAAUGGUUUUUUUUCAUAUAUGUGUAAAUGUGACAUUCAUGUAUUUAUAAGUGACGCGUCAUUUCAUCAGCAUAUCAUUUUGGUGGUUUUUGGUUAACAUGCUUUUAUCAUCUGUAAUUACUAUUACUUCAUUACCAUUCAUCAUAGGGUUAUUCCAAAAAUUCAUUGCUUUGAAAUACAUGUAAUUCAUUAAAAAUGGUCUAAAAAGUUUAAUAAUUUGGAUUUUCUCAAAAGAAGUUUCCUACUGCUUAAUAUAUUUUCAGGUUUUUAUACCAAAAUCUCCAUCAUAUUAUGUUGUAAGUACUCAUAAAUUAUUUUUUCAAAACACUGCAUUCAUAAAAUCUUCAUGUAGAAUUUUUUUAUCCACACUGGCAAUAUCAAAAAGCAAUUCUCCAUUUUAAAUUUGUAUUUUUAUAAAAUUGUUAGUUCUUUAGCAUCAAAUGUUUAUAUAACUUCAAUUUGUCUUAAUAAUAAAAUUGUAAGUGAUAAUUCCGUCAUAAUUUUUAAAUUGUAGUAUUAUUUUUGAAAGUAAAAAAAUGAGAAGUGUCUGUUUAAAUUUUGACAUUCUAUACUUGUAUUCAACAUACACAAACUUGUGUACCAAUGUACAAGAUUUCUUUAUUCUGAACAGACAUAAAAUUUAAUGAAGAGGAAGUCCUUAUAUGUAGAUGUUUUUGAUACUUUAAAACAUGACCAAUUUAUAUGUUUAUCCUUCAUUACCAUUAUUAUGUGAAAAAGAAUUUUAGUUAGAAUGCUCAAAGAAAAAAAAAAUUUGAGUAGAUUUAGAACUUUUGUACACUGAGAAUAGGUAGUAAAAUUGUUUUUAUACAAGUGCAAUACUGGUAGAUAAAUGUUUAAAAGUAUUUUAGAGUACAUAUGUACUACUGACUAGGUACUUGGGAAUCAUAUUAAGGAAACUGCAGUGUUCAUUGUAACAAUGGUGCAUGUGCAUAUUGCAUAUCUUGUACUGAACCAGAAAUGCUCAUAAUGACUCAUUUGUCUGUAAUUUUAAUGGGAUAAACAAAGUUAUGUACAUGCACAUGAACAUUAUUUUAUUAUAACUAUUAAACUGUAUUUGGCUGUAAACUUAUGUACUUUGCUUGGAAUUUUUUGAUUAAAAAUUUUACCCAAAUC